AUCCCAUGACACAACAACGGGUGCUUUUGUUGUUCGAUCCAAGACACGCAGAUACGCUGAAAUGACUCCUAAUCUUUUCCCCCAACCUGGGUGAACAUUUUCCAUCUUGUAAUUGGGUUCGCUCUCAUGGCGCGGAACUAAUCGCGGCGCUGGUGAAAGUGUCGUACGUGGGUCGUGUGUCCAGGUUGGAGCGGAAGGAAUUCCAGGCACGGGGGAAGGCGAAGACAAGGGGGAAUCUGCGCCAAGAUGCUGCGCUCAAACUGGGCCGUAACUCCGCUUAGUAGCUGUGUUCGGAGCCGGGAUAGUGUCAGCAUUUCCUCAAAUCGUGCUUCUGCUUGACUGACCUCCAGUUGCGGCGACAGCCGAAGAGUGAAAGUGGGAACGUUCGAAGCGAGUUAGCCACGUAGCUCCGUUGGAGCUCCUCCUGCGGGAAGACAAUUUAAAAUGGCGGAAGGCUGGCCCAUUCCCUCUGCUUUCGCCUUCGUGCUUCUCACUGCGAGUGCCUGGGGCCUGGAGUCGUGUCCGGCUCCUUGCUCCUGCUCCGCGGGCCCGGACGAGCUCCGAGUUCUGGACUGCAACAGGAGACGACUCUCGACGGCUCCCUCGGACCUACCGGAGGGGAUAAGCCAAGUCUCAAUGAACCACAAUGAACUAAGUGCUCUCCCCUUCCUCGGAGAAGCCUCUGCCAACAUCACAUCACUAUCAUUAAUACACAACCGCAUCUCGGAGCUCUCGAUGCAUCAGCUGCUGCCGUACGAGUCCCUGGAGAUGCUGGACCUGACGUCCAACUCCCUUUCUGAGCUCAGGGCGGGAGGUUUCCCCUCCAUGCAGCUAAAAUAUCUGAAUUUAAGUAAUAACAAGAUUAGCAUCCUGGAGCCGGGCUGCUUUGACAACAUCUCCAGCUCUCUGCUGGUGUUGAAGCUCAACAGGAACCGGUUGACCGUGCUGCCAUCCAAAGUCUUCAAGCUUCCCAGUCUGCAGUUUCUCGAAAUGAAGCGUAACAAGAUCAAGAUCGUGGACAGCCUGACGUUCAAAGGGAUGGACUCGCUGCGGUCGCUGAAGUUGCAACGAAAUGGCAUCACCAAGCUUAUGGAUGGAGCCUUUUUUGGACUCAUCAGCAUGGAAGAACUAGAGCUGGAGCACAAUAACCUAACGGAGGUGAACAAAGGUUGGCUGUACGGCCUGCGCAUGCUGCGUAUCUUGCGAGUGAGCCAGAACGCCGUGAGCAUCAUCCGACCAGAUGCUUGGGAGUUUUGCCAAAAGCUGGAGGAGCUAGACCUGUCCUUCAAUCAUCUGACCAGACUGGAGGAGACUGCGUUUGUGGGAUUAGGUCUCCUGCAGAGCCUGAACCUUGGCGAGAACUCCAUCAGCCACGUGGGAGAGCGGGUGUUCAGUAGCCUGGCCAAUCUGCGCACGCUCGACAUCCACAAUAAUGAAAUUUCUUGGGCCAUUGAAGACUCCAUCUGUGUGUUUGAUGGCAUGAAAAAGCUGAACACACUGAUCUUACAGCAGAACAAAAUCAAGUCAAUCACCAAGAAAGCCUUCGAGGGUCUGGAUGAGUUGGAGCACCUGGACCUCGAUAGGAAUGACAUCAUGUCGAUAGACCCUGAGGCAUUGCUGCAUACAAAGCUCAAAGUGUUCAUCCUCAAUACAAGCAGCCUGCUGUGCGACUGCCACAUGCAGUGGCUCAGACCCUGGCUCACCAACAGCCACUUCCUUCAUUCCGUGUCUGCCUUCUGCGCCCACCCGGCCGUCCUGCUCGGUCAUGAUGUCCUUUCCGUCAGCCCCGAAGACUUUGUUUGUGAUGACUUCCCCAAGCCUCAGAUCACCACUCAUCCCGAAACAUCAGUGGCGCUGCGCGGCAACAACGUGACCCUGACCUGUGUGGCGUCGAGCAGCAGCGACUCGCCCAUGAGCACGGCAUGGCGGAAGGACGGUGAAGUGCUUUAUGACGCCGAGGUGCAAAAUUACGCCCGUUACCAGGAGGGUGAGCUGAUCUACACCACCGUGCUGCACCUCCUCAACGUCAACUUCACUGACGAGGGCCGCUACCAGUGCGUGGUGUCUAACCACUUCGGUGCCAACUACUCCAACAGGGCCAAGCUUACUGUUAACGAGCUGCCGUCCUUCCUCAAGACCCCCAUGGAUCUCACCAUCCGGACAGGCACCAUGGCCAGGCUGGAGUGCGCCGCCGAAGGCCACCCCUUGCCACAGAUCGCUUGGCAAAAGGACGGCGGAACCGACUUCCCGGCUGCCCGUGAGCGCAGGAUGCAUGUAAUGCCGGACGACGACAUCUUCUUCAUUGCCAAUGUGAAGACUGAGGACAUGGGGGUUUACAGCUGCACGGCGCAGAACGCAGCGGGAAGCUUGUCUACUAACGCCACGCUGACGGUCCUGGAAACUCCUUCGUUUAUGCGGCCCCUGGAGGACAGAACCGUUGCGAGAGGUGAAACUGCUGUGCUUCAGUGCAUAGCUGGAGGCAGCCCCGCCCCACGCUUGAACUGGACCAAAGACGACGGGCCCCUGGUACUCACGGAGCGCCACUUCUUCGCCGCCGCCAACCAGCUCCUGAUUAUAGUCGAUGCCGGCCCCAGUGACGCCGGGAAGUAUACCUGCAUCAUGUCCAACACGCUGGGAACCGAGCGCGGCCACAUCUACCUGGGCGUCUCGCCGUCGCCCAACUGCGACAGCGGCGCGGGGUACGACCAGGACGGCUGGACCACCGUGGGCAUCGUGGUGAUCGUGGUGGUGUGCUGCGUGGUCGGGACCUCACUGGUGUGGGUCAUUGUCAUCUAUCACAUGCGCAGGAAGAGUGAAGACUACAGCAUCAGCAACACAGAUGAAAUGAAUUUACCGCCGGACAUCCCCAGCUACCUCUCUUCUCAGGGGACUUUGUCAGAACCUCCGGAAGGCUACAGCAACUCUGAGGCGGGCAGCCACCAGCAACUCAUGCCGCCGCUCUCCAACGGCUACGUGCACAAGGGCACAGACAGCGUGUGCUACGGAGACAUAGGCAGCGAGGUGGAAACGGAAGGUAACGGACGGCUUCACUGCCGGAUGGGCCCUCUGUUCACGGGCCGUAGCGGCUUCCAGCCCGGGGAGCCUCGUGACGGACUAGCCGGAGCCCCCUCAGGCGCCGCAGGCCCGUUGGUCAUCUGCUCCGACUGCUACGACAACGCCAACAUCUACUCUCGCGCGCGGGACUACUGCCCCUACGCCUACCUGGCCGAGGACGACGCAGCGGACAAAGACCUGCCGGGUUUUAAGGAGAACUUCGGUGAGCGCGCUCGGCGAGAGGACACCGCCCCGGGGCGCUUCAUUGACAAACAGGACUCGGAGAGGCCGAGCAGCCGCACUUCAAUGGAAGACUGUGCGGCCGACUUGCUCAGCAACUCCGUGUGGGGCGAAAGGCUAAACUCGAAGCCCCAAGAGGGCGCCGCCGCUCACAGGACACUUCAUCCGGCGGGGGAUACGGCGGCCAGCGCGCAGAAGCACAGACUACACCCCAAAAGGACUAAUCCUCAGAACCAUCCAGUACCCACAUAGAGCAUGCCCUCCCUGCCUGAGCCCAUCCUGCACCCACUACCUCCUUCAGCACUCUGCCAAAGAUUCUCUCUUGGAGUGUUUCCGCAUGGCUCGCCUCUCACUGAACUAAAGCGACCUCCUUCCCGUCACUCCCGCAGACGCCGUGAAUGUAAGCUUUGGAGGAACUUUUUUUGUUGGUUUGUUUGUUUGUUUUUGUGUGUGCCGUGACGGGAGCACCCUCGAGAUAUCGCCAACCACUCAACAAGCAGCGAGAGGUCGCGAACUGAAGACUGCGCAGAGACAGUGAUGCCACAAUGUGGUGUGUAUUCCUUUACGUAUGAAUAUAUCCUCAGCCUUACGCAAUCAUCCAGCCUUCCUUUUUAUAAGCAGUUUAUGGAGCGGGAGGACUUAUUUUUUUUUUUUUUUUUUGUCUUUUUUUUUGUCUUUAUUUUUUCUUUUCUUUUUUUUUUUUGGGGGGGGGAGUACGCGUGUGUGACAAUCGUUUUUUUAAAAUUUUUUUAAAAAUUAUUAUUACAGUGUCACCUCCGUUGAGGCGACACGCACUGACCCGUUUUCCCUUCACCGCUCACAGGCACUUAAUUUAACGGUAAUAUUUUAUUAUUACUGAACCCAUGAUCCUCCUGCAGAGAAAAGGUGUUGGCACUGUGAAAAAAAGUGUGUAGAAUGUAUUGUUUUAUACCACGUAUGUUAUGUACAGGCUAGUAGUCUAAUAGCUGACAUUUUACACUUUGUCUCCUGUCUAAAAAAAUAUUUGGUACUCGUCAUUUUACCGAGAAUGUUUCUGGUGAGAAAUGCAGUGGAACCCUUAAAGUUCAAAACCGUUUAACCAUACAGGCAAGGUUUUAAGUAACAUUCCCGUCAUGCGCGUGUGAAGAGAACAUAACCACUAGUGUCGUAAGAAAAAUUAUCGAAAACUACUCGCCUGUAAUGGGGAGGGAACAAGGUGUUUACUGAGCCAUACAGUAUACCUAGUAUAUAAUAAUAAUAAUAAUAAUAAUUUGUUCGUAUUUUCUUAAGUCAGAUCUCAUCCUCAAACAAUUUUUCUCGUCACAACAAAAUCAACAAGCAAUCCAAAGAAAAAGUAAACUACAGAUUGUGGUUGAAAUUGUAUCGUAUAUGUUGUUGUAGAACGUCAAAUGCUUGAAGUAACCUUUUGACAUUGCUCAACUGUCUUACAAGCCUUUCGCCUCCUAGCAUAGUUGCCUAAGUCGCAUUUAAACGGGGAAACAAAAAAAGUGCCAUUAGCAAGCACAUUGGCAAUUUGUAUUAUUGAUUUUGUGGCAGUAAAUUAGAAUGAGAAUGUUUUCAAUUGCCAUAAGUGGAUAAAUAAAGAAAAAAAGUAAUUUUGCUUAUUAGGUUAAUGAUAUAAAAAAUGCUGACAAAUGUUUUUCUUGUUUUCCCGAAAACGUUCAAACGUGACUUAGGCUAACAAAUAAGAAGUUAAGCACCAUAGAAUAAAAUGCAGAGAGACUUUUGUCCCGCUUUGAAAAUAUUCUUCCAACUGUAAAUUGUCUGACGUGACUCUCACUUCACGUCGAAUGCAGCAUGCACAGCUGAAAUGAUCACGUCAUCUUUUACAUCACCUUCUUGCACUUGGAUUUUGUUUCUCCGUUUCCGACAUUGCACACAUUGCUCGGUGACUGUCAUUAAAAAUGGAGACCCUCUCGGGUCAUUCCAUUGCUUGUUUAUGUAAGCAGUCAAACCUCCGAAGCCUUAUUCAUUUACUUUAAAAAAAAAAUCAAAUAAAAAAUGGUUUACUUUUCUAUUACUUCUGAAUUUAGACAUUCCAGAUCUCCAAUGUCCUUUUUGUUCUCGUUUGACCCAUCUGUUGUCUUUUACAAGUUAGCUUGAAGCAGCCACAUGACAUUACUGUACAUGUCCAAGUGAUGUACUGUACAUUACAUUUGUUAGUUCAAGGCCACUUUGUUUCCCUCAAUACCAAAGUUUACCAGUACAGUAAAAAGAAAAAAAGAAUGCUCUGGCAAUAUUCUGUGCUGCUUUUUUGUUGUUGUUGUUGUAUUCUUGAAGUUUAUUUCCAAUUCUAUUUUUGGACCUUGUACAUUGUGUAAAGCAUGUUUAAUAAAAAAAACAAAAAAAAAACAAUAGCCUUUUGUUACAUAGCUAUUAUUAUAGACAAUAAACAGUGUUCUACGCAAUACACCUUGCAACAUUUUAGUUUUUUUUGUUUUCAUUGCCUAAAUGUUACUGUGUAUUACUGAAGAAUCCCGAUUUUGAGUUGUACCAUGCUGUUUUGCACGAGUUAAGGAUGGCAUUCAGCAUGGUAAACAACACACUGUUUUGUUUGCUUGCCACACCAAAAAUGUGAAAAGCUGUAUCUUUAGAGAUAAAGGAAAUGUAUAUAUGUAUAUAGGUGUGUGUGUGUGUGUGUGUGUGUGUGCUUGUACACACACUGUAUGUGUUGGUUUGUUUUUUUUUAAAACAAAAGGGGUCAGUGUGACCCACUUUGUUUCGUCAUGAAAACGAUUAAUAACGGGACUAGAAUAAAUAAUUUACAUGUAA